AUGGAGCUGCGCUGCUUGACGGACGACGCGCCGCUGGUGCGCGCCGUGGAGAAGCUCAAUCUGGGGGUGUUACCGGUACAACCGCCGGCCUUUUGCUACCGUCGGGCGGAGAAGGACCGGCACCGGCUGUCGUGGGCUGCAGUGUUUGUGGAUGGGGACGUCGUGAGUGGAGCCGCAGUCGCAGACUUGGAGCUGGAGCGGGACGGACAACGCGCGGUGCAGCUUCGCACGCUGGCGGUGCCGGCGCGAUUCCGACGUCAAGGGAUCGGCCGCAAGCUGGUGAUGAAGGUUAUUGAGCAGGCCAAAGCAGCGGAGAAGGACGGAGAGGAAAUUCAAGGUGUGAGUCUGCAUGUCCACGCGGGCAACGAGGAGGCCUUGACCUUCUACAAGGCGCUGGGUUUUGUUGAGAAAGCCCGGGUUGAAGGCUACUACCGCCGUUUGGAGCCGAGUUCGGCCUUCGUGAUGGAGUAUGCGCUGCAUUGA